AUGGAGCUACGACCGUCAACAAAGAAGCAGCAGACCUUAUACACCAUUCAUCUCACUCGUCCACACAUAAUGAAAAUCAACAACGUUCGUCCGCGGCAAGUGGUUUUCCAUCAGGAGCUGCACCGCAACGACUCCGCCGCGGUCUUCUUUGUAUCAGUUCGGGGAUUUGAAUGCGUUAUGAAAGUGCACCAUGACCCCGGACAUGGGCGUAUCCAUGAACGUGAAGCCACUGCCUACCGACGACUCCAGGUGCAUGGCGUGACUGAAAAGGGCUAUGUGCCUCAAUUCUAUGGAAGCAUGGAAAAGCUUGAACCCGAAUUUUGGCAGCCAAAUCUAAAUAUGUUUAUAAAUGACACAGAGCUCCCAAGUGCAAUAUUUAUCGAAUAUAUUCCCAACAUGCGUCAAUUGCAUCUUGACACCUUUUCCAAAGAUUGUAUGGCUAAAUUUGUCCAGGCCAUCAAAGCUAUUACUGCUGCACUGGUCAUGCAUAAUGAUCUGAAAGCUAGAAAUUUCAUGGUCACUCCUGGAGAAAGGGUGGUACUGCUGGAUUUCAAUCGGGCCAGGACAUAUGACAACAACACCAUAACAGCUGAGCAGCAAGAAUGGCUCCGGGAGGAUGUGCAGAUUGUGCAGGACCUUGGGCGUCUACUUGUAGGUCCCACUUACCUGGGAACUGUCACUAUGGAUAUACCCGACUUACUUACGGAUUCUAGGAGAUGGAUGUUGCUGAAGGCCGCUUGA